UCUAUUAUAUGUCUCAUAUUUUUCUUCCUUUUCAAUUUCUUCUUGCAACCAAAUAUAUCCUUGAUUCAAGCUAACUCAUUACAUCAAUUCCCUUUUUACAAUAAAAAAAGAGUGGGCAAUUCACUUGGCAGAAAAUUAGUAACACUCCCUAUUUUUUCUAUUACAUAUAGGUAUUUCAAAAGUAUAUUUUCAAAUGAAAAAAAUUGUCUGGAAAAUUAUUUUCGAAUGACAAAAUAUAGCUUUGUAAAUAAACUUCCUAAAGAACUAGAAAUAGUAAUGGAUAAAACUUGCCUACAAUUUGAAUAAUCAUACUAGGUAUUAUUUUGCACUUAAAACAUCAUUGUUAAGAUUCUAAAGACAAUUGUGAGAGUUAUGAUAAAACCUUUUUAGUGCAAAAUAGCAUUACAUUCUAAACUUUGAUAAGUUUUAUUCAUUCUCUAUUGAUUUUUGGUCACUAAUAUUUAUAAGUUGACAAACAAAAUAUUGAUUAAGAUUUUGGAAGUGUUUAAAUGAUAAGAAUAAGAAUCCACGAUUUGAACGUUAGGAUGUUUUCACACUUUCAACUCCAUUUUCGCUCCCUAAUGCAUUUCAAAGCCUCAAUUUCCACCCACCCAGAAAAAGCUUUAUUUGAAACACUUAAUUCGGAAGCUCGCAAAUGUAAUGCGGAUAUCACGUUUCUGGGACGUCGUGGCAAGCUCAAAGAAGCAAGGAAACUGUUCGACGAAAUGCCUCACCGAGAUACCGUUUCUUAUAACUGUAUGAUCACUGUUUAUCUGAAGAAUAAGGAUCUACACGAAGCCGAAAAGGUAUUCAAAGCAAUGCCCCAUAGAGACAUUGUUGCUGAAUCUGCAAUGAUUGAUGGGUAUGUUAAAGUUGGGCGCUUGAACGAUGCACGUAAGGUGUUUGAUAAUAUGACUGAAAGGAAUGCGUUCUCCUGGACCAGUUUGAUUUCUGGGUAUUUAAGCAGUCGAAGAAUUGAUGAAGCUUCGACUUUGUUUGAUCAAAUGCCUGAGAGAAAUGUGGUGUCGUGGACUGUAAUGGUUUCGGGCUUUGCUCGCAAUGGGUUGAUGGAACGUGCCAGGAAGUUUUUUGAUCUCAUGCCUGAAAAGAACACCAUAGCUUGGACAGCGAUGGUUAAGUCAUAUCUUGACAAUGGCUACUUCAAUGAGGCCUAUAACCUCUUCCUUGAGAUGCCCGAAAGGAAUGUUCGUUCUUGGAACAUCAUGAUCUCGGGUUGUUUGAGUGCCAAUAGAGUUAAUGAGGCUAUACAUUUAUUUGAAUCGAUGCCAGAGAGGAAUCAUGUUUCAUGGACGGCUAUGGUUUCGGGUUUGGCACAAAACAAGAUGAUUGGGUUUGCGCGGAAGUAUUUUGAUCUCAUGCCUUAUAAAGACAUUGCUGCAUGGUCUGCAAUGAUCACUGCAUACGUGGAUGAAGAGUUCGUGGAUGAAGCUCGCGAGCUUUUCAACUCGAUGCCCGAGAAGAAUAUUGUGACUUGGAACACGAUGAUAGAUGGUUAUUCAAGGAAUGGUGAUGUUGGGGAGGCCUUAAGGCUCUUUAUUUUGAUGCUUAGAUCUUACUUUAGACCCAAUGAAACCACUAUGACCAGCGUGAUCACUUCCUGUGAUGGCAUGGUGAAGAUCAUGCAAGCUCAUGCUAUGGCCAUAUCUCUAGGGUUUGAGCAAGACAUUUGGCUUGCAAAUUCUCUUAUUACCUUGUAUUCCAAGAGUGGGGAUAUUUGCUGUUCUAGGCUUGUUUUUGAACAACUAAAAUCAAAAGAUGUAGUGUCAUGGACUGCAAUGAUAGUAGCCUAUGCAAAUCACGGACAUGGUCAUCAUGCAUUACAGGUAUUUGCACGCAUGCUAGUAUCAGGAAUCGAGCCAGACGAGGUCACCUUUAUAGGACUCUUAUCAGCCUGUAGUCAUGCUGGUCUUGUCAACCAAGGUAGGAGAGUGUUUGAAUCAAUUAAGGGUAUUUAUAAUAUAAAUCCUAAGGCUGAACACUAUUCCUGCCUUGUAGACAUUCUAGGUCGAGCUGGACUUGUGGAUGAAGCCAUGGAUGUAGUAUCUUCUAUCCCUCCUUCUGAGAGGGAUGAAGCUGUUCUUGUGGCAUUGCUUGGUGCAUGCAAGCUUCAUGGGGAUAGUACUGUAGUAAAUUCAAUUGGUGAGAAGCUAUUAGAGUUAGAAUCAUCUAGUUCUGGGGGAUAUGUACUACUAGCUAAUACAUAUGCUGCAGAAGGGCAAUGGGUUGAGUUUGCACAAGUGAGGAAAAGAAUGAGAGAGAGGAAUGUGAAGAAAAUUCCAGGAUUUAGUCAAAUACAAGUAAAUUGGAAAAAUCAUACAUUUUUUGUUGGGGAGAGAUCUCAUCCCCAGGUUGAAGAAAUUUACAGAUUGUUGAAUCUGAAUCUUCAACCUUUGAUGAAGGAAAAUGGUUUUACACUAGAUAAUAUAUUCCCUAUAGCUUAGUUAUCAGUAAUUUAAGACUAACCAAAGUUACAUCUCACCCAAAAGAAUUGUAUAUUUACCAACACGGUGUAGUACAUGUGGUAGAUACUUAGGUCCUUUAAUUAACCAUUUAAUCGAGAGUUCAAUUCCUGACCGACAAUUAUGGAAAAAUAAUAUUGAGAGAUGUCAAUCCCUUAAAUAGAUUUCAGUUAUUUUGAGGGAUUAGUUGUUACAAUUGUGUGCAAGGAUACCUUGGUUUACUAAAAAAUAUGUUUUAUAGUGGGUUACAAUGAGUGCCACUGGUUUUUCAACUUACACCAAUUCCUUUUAAGAGGGGUGUUUUGGGAUCGGAGGAAGACUCUUGUUUUUGGAAAUGAAUGAGCCACACAAGCGUUGGAAGAGAGAACUAAAAAAAGUUUAAAAGUGAAAGUGUUACUUACCGUUUAGCUCCAAAGUCCAAAUGAAAUUCAAAUAAACAAACCACUUAUCAUUCAAUUCUAAUAAUAGAAUUCCCAAAAGUUGUUGGUGUCACUGUUUCUUUUUUCUUUAUCUUUAUGUUGUGGUCCAAAUAGGAAUGACAAGAUUCAGAGGUGACCAUGACCAUGAUAUCCAAAUUACAUUAUGAUUAAUAGACUAUUAAAAGUGAGGGUGUCAAAACAAUUAGAAAAUGCCAAAACUAUGCCUCUUAAACAACCACAUGAAACAUACCAACAAAAUAGCCACCAUAAAAGCAGGCGCUUGUAUUAAGGAAGGAUAAUUCAUGAAUUGACAGUGAUGGCAGCAUAUUGGAACAAGAUUAGAUAGUCAAGCUCAUAAUGCAUAGUACUAAUAUAAGUUCAACCCCUUUAUAAAACUUUGAUUUGACCAGGUCAAAUGUAACUAUAGAAGCAAACAAUAAGAGAUGUUUCUUUUUUGUUGGCUAGCAAGCAACAAGUUUUUGGGGAUACAAGGAACCUUUCCCCUUUACCUUCUUUUGAUAAGCAAGAGGUUCACCAAUAACUUCUCUUAUGUCAUUCACAAAAGGAUAGAUUCCAUAA